CAGGCCAAGGUCCUCGGCUACAACUACGCCGCCAUCGGCUUCGCCUCCUACGGCACCUACUGGCGGGACAUGAAGAAGAUGGUCAUGACCGAGCUCCUCUCCGUCAACCGCAUCAAGGCCCUCCGCCACGUCCAGAUCUCCGAGGUCGACUUCCUCAUCGCCGAUCUCUACCACCAGAGCAAGGCCGGAUCGAUCGCCAUCACCGAGGCUCUCCAGGGGUACGUCCUCAACAUAAUCACCAGGAUGGUUGCCGGGAAGAGGUAUUUCGUCAAGACCAACCACCACCGGGCCGUCUCCGGCGGGAGGCCCAUCGGCCAGGUGAUGAGGGAGUUCAUGCUCGUCACCGGAACCCUCGUCCCGUCCGAUUUGAUCCCUUUGCUCGGCUGGUUCGGCUUCCAAGGGGUGGUCAACACCAUGAAGCGGGUCUCCAAGGAGCUGGACGUCAUCAUGGAGAGCUGGAUCGACGAGCACAAGAAGAAGAAAAAGAAGCAGUUGGCCAAUCCCGACCUCAUCGACGUCAUGCUCUCCGAAAUCAAGGACGAAGUCACCUACGGUCACAAGCGUGAGGAUAUCAUCAAGGCCACCGCUAUGUCUCUGAUCGUGGCCGGCUCCGACACAACGUCGAUCACGCUGACGUGGAUCCGGAUGGCUUGUUGUAACUAA